GUGCACUACUAACGUUUGAAAAAAAUCAAUUUAUCGAUGAUUCCACAUCAUCAACCCUUAUCAUAUUCAUAAUUCAUAAACCAGCAAACUAAUAAUCAAGAGGGGUCGAACUUCUUUGAAAAAUAUUAUUUUCAUCCACCCUUUCGAAUCGAAAUUCGAGCGCAAGCGCAAUGCGAUUUUCCAUUUCAAUCAUCAUCGAACCACCGACAUUUAGUAUCCAGCGAGCUCUCGAGCAUCAACAAUGGAAAAACAACAGUGCGUCAUCGCGCAGGAUGACGGUAAGAAAGCGAAUUUGAGCAUACAGUGGAAUCGUUGGUUGUUGACAUCGAUCGGUGCCUGGCCAAAUUUACGCAAGUCGAGAAUAGGAAAAUGUUAUUCUUUGUUGAUCAGUAUUAUUUGUUACGGUUUGAUCGGUUUCAUGCUCGUGUCUUGUAGCAUGUUUUUGAUGAUGGAAAUCAAGAAGGUAUAUAACAGAAUCAAAAUGAUUGGUCCAUUGAGUUUCUUCUUGAUGACAUUCAUGAAAUAUUAUUUGCUAUUACUCCAUGAAAAUGAUAUACGUGAAGGUAUCGAAUGCAUCGAAUGGGACUGGAAGAACGUGAAACAUCAAGAAGACAGAAAUAUCAUGAUCGCGUAUGCGAAUUAUGGAAGAAAAUUAGUAUUUAUUUGCAUAUUUUUCAUGUAUAGUGCAUUUGCAUUUUACUAUCUAGUCUUACCGUUUAGCGUGGGGAAAAUAGAAGAUGGAAAUUUGACAUUUAUUCAAUUACCAUUUCCUUCGUCAAGUUUGAUCGCUGAUGUACAUUACAGUCCUUACAAUGAAAUCGUAUUGUCCGUUCAAAUUCUGACAGGUGUUGUGAUGCACGCUAUAACAUCGGCAGCUUGUAGUAUAGCCGCUGUAUUCGCAGUGCAUGCAUGUGGACAAAUGCAGGUGUUGAUGAACUGGUUGGAUCAUUUAGUGGAUGGCCGAUCGGAUAUGAGCAAGGCUAUAGAUGAAAGGAUUGCAAAUAUUGUAAUUCAACAUGAUCGAAUAUUGAAAUUUUUGGCACUUACAGAAAAAGCGCUUCAGCAAAUAUCUUUUGUAGAAUUUUUAGGUUGUAUUGCGAAUAUGUGUCUUCUCGGAUAUUAUUUAAUAGUGGAAUGGAAUCCGAAAGAAAUAAUACUUUCAAUAACUUACGUAGCUUUAAUCAUAUCUAUCACUUUCAAUAUCUUCAUAUUUUGUUAUAUAGGCGAUUUGGUUGCCGAACAGUGUCAGAAAGUCGGUGAAAUGGCGUAUAUGAUCGAAUGGUAUCGAUUAACAGGCAAAAAAAAACUUUGCUGCAUUUUGAUCAUUGCAAUGUCCAAUUCAUCGAUAAAAUUUACAGCUGGAAAUAUGGUUGAAUUAUCCAUCUAUACUUUUAGCGAUGUCAUUAAAACAUCGGUGGCUUUCUUAAACAUGUUUCGAAGAUUCAAUGAAACUGAUAUUUUAAAUAUGAUGAAACUCAUUACCCUAACCUCACUAUUCCUCGUAUUAAAAACAAUUUCAAAAAGACAUAUUCAUCUUUCUCAUCAAGUAUUACUUAACUUAACUUUCAUCAUUUAUUCGACGAACGUCCUACGUGAAGUAUCUAUGAUGAAUCAACUAAACGAUCAAUCUGUCUUAAUACCCGUGUCUUAUGUCCGAGAUUACGAGUACAGCAUUCAGGUGAAUCGUUGGUUAUUAAAACCGAUCGGUGCUUGGCCGAAUGUCACGAAGACCACAAGAACUAAAAAAUUACUCGUCAAAUUAUUAAACUUUAUCUGCCAUUCGCUGAUUAUUUUCACGGUGAUGCCAUGCGUGAUGUAUAUUUUCUAUGAAGACGAAAAUUUGAAGACCAGGAUGAAGGCAAUCGGGCCAACAAGUCAUUGGAUGAUGGGGGAAUUGAAUUAUUGUUGUCUAUUGAUGAAAGCAAAGGAGAUUGUCUAUUGCAUUGAACAUAUAGAAUAUGAUUGGAAAACAGUUCGAAAGGCUAGAGAUCGAGAAUUGAUGCUAAAGAACGCCAAACUCGGUCGUUUCAUCGCGUGCAUCGCCGCACUUUGCAUGCAUAGCGGAAUUAUGUCUUACAUCGUGAUCACAGGUUUCAAAAAGAUAACAUUUCAAAUUGGAAAUGACAGCUACUCGAUGUAUCGGUUACCUUGUCCAUUCUAUACGAACCUGUUAGAUGUUAGAUUUAGUCCCAUGAACGAGAUCGUAUUCGCUCUACAGCUCGUCUCCGGAUUCAUUUCAACCUCGGUCACAGUUGGAGCUUGCGGACUGGCUGCCGUAUUAGCAAUGCACGCAUGUGGUCAGUUUAACGUGGUGAUGUCCAAAUCGGAUAACUUGGUGAAACAUAACAAUGAGAAGAAACAGGAUGAACACACGUUUCAUAAGAAGCUUGGUUUUAUCGUUGAGCAUCAUCUACGAACAUUAAGUCUUGUAUGGUAUAUGGAAAAAGUUAUGAAUAUGAUUUGCUUGGUUGAAUUGGUGGGAUGUACAAUGAACAUGUGUAUACUUAAAUAUUAUUUUCUCACGGAAAAAUCAAAGACAAUAUUAGCUAUAUACGCAAUCGUAUAUGCAUCUAUGGUUUUUAACAUAUUUAUAUUUUGUUAUAUAGCAGAGAUAGUUACAGAACAGGGCAAAAAAGUGGGAGAGAAAUUUUAUAUGACUGAAUGGUAUCAAUUACCUCAUAAAACUGCUCUCGGCUUAGUAUUAAUCAUCUCAAGAUCGAGUAUGGUAAUUAAAAUCACUGCUGGAAAAUUCAUACAAAUUUCUAUCGCGACUUUUGCUGCUGUAUUUAAAGCAUCUUUUGCAUACCUCAACAUGAUCCGUACAAUUGCGAUGUGA